AUGGAUGCAGAAAGCACCAGGGAUCAACAAAAGCGCGCGGCGGAGGAUAGUAAUGAGGAGCGUUUGGCCAAGCAGAUGCGCAUGGACACUAGAAAUUCUAGCAGCGCUUCAAAUAUGGACGCGAUGGCCAUUUCGCAAGCCAUAACUGGUAUUUCACAGCAGCAGAACAAUCUUUAUUUCGGGGAAUCAAAUCCUACGGCGCCGCAAUCAAUUCAGCUGCCUGUGCAACAGUCUUUGGAAUCAAUGGGCUUAAGCGUGCCAAAAAAUCAAGCACAAUACAUGCAAAUGCAGAUACAACAGCGUCAGCAACAGCAACAAUACGCAGCGGCCUUGGCAGCUCGACACAGCGCCCAGCAUCAGCAGCAGCGCCAAUACCAAGCCGCCACAACAACACCGAUGGUAAAUCAACAAAGUGAUCCUUCCGUUGCAAAUUACCAAUCCCAGAUGUAUGCGGAUACUGGGACAAACAUUCACGUGGUGUCAGUAGUGGGCCCCCAAGAUGAAAAUACUUCGGCUAUAUCAGUCAGUGGAGCCUCCGUUCAACCUCAGCAGUCGUCAGAGACGCAAAUUUUUCCGCAACAAGAAAAUGCCGACAAUAGCGCUACAUCUUUCACAUCACAGCCAUCCAUUGCUCCUGGAAUACAUGUAUCACUAAAGAACAGUACAGAGACUUGCUAUCUUUGCGGAAAAAGUGGUGAUACAUUUACGUGCAAUGGUGGUUGCGGUCUUCAUGUACACCCGGCGUGUAUCGGUAAAGAUGCGAUUUUUCCGUUUGUGGUUGGACAACUCUGCGGAAGCUGCUUUAUUGUGCAGCAGAAUCGGGCAUCCCCUGAAGAUUUGACAAAGGGAGGACCACACGCACUAUCAGUGCGAAGAGCGAUUCUGUGCGUUAAUUUGGAAACCAACAGCAACGCGAAUUUUGAUAAAUUUGGUCAUUUAGCGUCGUUGCGACUGGGAGAAAUUGGCUCGAUUGCUGGCUACCCCGUCAAGCCAUUUGCUGAAAAGUUUGUCGAACCCUAUUUGCAGCGAUGGAUGCGUGAAAAACUUGCAGCGGCGGACAAGUGGAUGCUAAAUGUUCGCGAGAUUUUUACCGUGAUGAUAGGGCUUUACAGCUUGAAGAGGGCAUGCAUUGCCCAUGGCUUACACGACAAAGUGAUCAGUCUGAUGAAAUCUCGCAAAUUUACAGUGACGGAUUUCUUUGGGUGGCAUCCCGCUGUCGAAACCCCUAAUGUCCGUUGCUCGAGUUUAUGUGCUAUCUGCGGAAUUCGCAACAAUCCUGAGGUCGACGUUUGCUCGCGCUGUCAUCACAAACUUGUUUUUCCAUCUGUCUUUACAAAGUAUAUUAGCACGCUCCUUGCAGCUUUCUAUGCCGAGCAAGUCGGAAUACCGCUUGGGGCUUCCUCACUGGAUGUGUUUGCGCACACGCAAACAGUUCGAGGAUUAUACAAGGGACUCAACCCGUUUGAUGCUGAUGGUGUCAAUUGGGAUCUUUUUACUGAUCAAUUGCGAAUGAUAUUUGGGCUUCUCGAUAUAAUGAGCAACUUCGGAACAUUGCAGCUUAAGCCCGCACUGUUCAUACCAGAGACCAACAUUAUUUUUAACGCCGCAUAUGUAAAUCAAGCGAUGAUUACUAAUGAAUUUGAAGUUGUCGGUAAGUUUUUGCAAUGCAUGAAGUUAUUCGGCCGUGAAAAAAGCGAGGAGAAUAAAAAUAUGAUCGAGUCUUGCGAGCGAUACUUGCUCUUCAAGCAUCUUCCGGAUGGGAGCUGGUGCAAGAUGAAUGGGUCAACGGUUGACCAGUACAAGGCCACAGUCACUUGCUCGAAGGCCCUGCUCACGCCUGCUUUUCGUGGAUACGGUCCAGAAUCGAAUGAUUUCCUUCGACUUCUUGAGAAGUGGUCUCGCAAUGCGUCUCCAGCCAAACAAUCCGCAGAUAGCACCGAUCUCAAAAUACUAGCCUCUGGAGCUGUUGUAAAGAGAAACACGCUUACCAGAUUCAAACGUUUUGAGGCAAUGUAUCAGCGGCAAGUUGCUCCAAAGGGAAGUAGCUUUUCCUUAGAAUCUCUUAUAACCAAUAGAAUGCAACGCAUUUUGAAGUCAAAGGAGGCUGAAGCCCAACUACGUAAAGGUAAGUUUGUCAAUGCACAUGCAUAUAUACAAGAAAACGAGAUGGCUUAUUACCGCGGCAAAACAGAUAGAACGAGUGGCAAAGAAGAGGGAUUUGGUGAUGGUAUGACGGAUACGGAGGACGUUAAAAUUGAAAAUCAGACAUUACUUCGAAAUGGAACGAAUGAUGCUACUGGCAGAAAUGACCAGGAUGAUGAUGACAUGCUUACAAGCAUGAGUCUCCACGAGGAUCUCGAGAUCUUCGAUGGUCUUCAAUUUGAAGAUGGCGGCGGCAUCAUUGACAUGAGCUUUCAGUCACUUGGAUCUCAUGAGGUCGCUGAAAAUGAAAGCGGCGAGCAUAAUUACAUGGGAGCUGACAGUACCGAUGCACAGCAGGGGGAGGAUGAAACAACAAUGAACGAAGAGAUGGCACAUUCAUCCACAGCAGAGAAAAAUGCUGGCAGUGUUGAAGCUACCACCGAUUUUCUAGUAUUGUAA